AUGUCGCCUCCUUCAGAGAACCAAAACCUGCCAGUCGGCGAGAAGCUGCCUGUCGAGGAUGCAAAGGCAGCCAAAAAGAAGGCCAAGAAAGAGCGCAAACUGGCCGAAAAAAAGGGGAAGAAAGAACAACGAAAAAAUGACCCAUCAGCAGCAGCACCGACGGCAGUCAAAAAGCCCACAAGUCUGUUCCAGGAAAUUGGCAAGUCCAUGGCACAGCAGCUGCAGAGUCCAAGCAAAGGAGUCGCUGGCGACGGCUUGGAUUUGAUCAGUCGGCUGCGCUUCAUGGCCAAGACAGAUGAUGUCGCUACUGCCGGGGCUACCACAACGUGCGAUAUGAGUAGCAACGCAUCGACCCUCGUCAACGACCAACAGCUACAGCAGCCAGCUUUUUCUGUCAAGCGCAAGCCUGUUCCCCGCGUAUCAACCAGUCAUUCCAACCUCUCCCAUGAUUCCGAUGGCUCGUCCGGGUCAACCAUAUCGACGGCAUCGGCCGAUACGGAAAUAAAUCGCAUCAUGGACAAGAAAUACCGCACGACUGGGCUAAUUUUCACCUUGGAGGACUUUGCGGCCAUGAAAGCUCUGGAGAGAUUGUUUGUCCAGUACGGUCGUGUGUCACACAUGGGGAUUCUAGACAAGAGUUAUAGUUUCUUCAUUAACAAAGCUCAUACAGCAGCCCUCUAUUUCAAAGUCCGCAAUGACAUCGCCAUCGUGGCUGGCGACCCUCUCUGCCAACCGCAGCUUUACUCUGCCGUCUUGGCCGAGUUCAAAAAGUACAGAAAGAGCUUUGGCUGGGGACUAUCUUUCAUGGGCGCCAGUGACACCUUUACUGCCUAUGCUCGGCAAAAGAAAUGGGCAACCAUUCAAUUCGGCACCGAACGAGUUCUCAAUCCACUCACGAACCCGGUUCUCCGCGAACAAACCGGCAAGCGAAUCGUCACCCAGAGUAAACAACUAUUGAAUCCUAUAAAGGGCGGUGUCACUCUUGGUGUGUACAUUCCCUCUCAAGGUGAAGAUCCCGUCCUGCAGCGCGAACUCGUCGGCAUCUACGACGCCUGGCGCGAAGAACGCAACACCUCGGGUGAAACACAAGCCUUCAUCACGGUUUAUGAUCCCUUUUCGCUCCCACAGCUGAUGACAUACAUUUACACACGUGGUCCAGACGGGGUUGCCAACGGGUUCGCCGCCUUGCGCAAAAUUGGUGCAAACCAAGGCUAUCACAUCGACCCGUGCAUCGCCACGCCCCACGCCGCCAAGGGUAUAUCUGAUCUGCUCAUAUUCUCGGCCAUGUCUCUGCUAAAUGAAGCGGAUCUCGACUACUUAUCAUUUGGCUUCGAACCGUGUGAUGAACUGGGCGAGAUCACUGGCUUGUCCAAGCCCAUUGAAAGCAUCACCCGCAAAAUCUACCGCCACACCUUUCCCCGUCUCCCCAUUACCGGAAAGAAGGCGUACCACGACAAGUUUCGCCCCGACGAAAACCAAGGGUCUGGUCUCUAUCUGAUUUUCCCGUCGGGGACCCCGGGGCCAAAGGAUAUGGCAGCCAUGGCGCAUAUGGCGAAUAUUUCGGUUCGGAAGGUUAUUUUCUCUGAUCUCAAACAUAAGUUUUGGAAAUCAAGCUCGGCAACACCCAGUCUGCGAGACUCAGAGGAUAUGGGUAUUCCCGCCGCCGCCGCCGGCGACCCCGCGGCGACAACGACAAUCACUGCAGAAGCUUAG